CUGCGGGAGAUCGGCUUCGACUACCUGCGCGACAACCUGCGCCACUCGCGGAGUGAUAUGGUGCAGGGCGGCCUUCAGGUCGCCAUCGUCGACGAGGCCGACCACGCACUCGUGGACGACGGCCGCACGCCGCUCAUCAUCUCCGGGAAGCCGAGCGGGAGCAUCAGGUCGGUCUUCCGGGUGAAGUCGGCGGUCGAAGGGCUGAUCGACGAUCAGAAACGGAUCGUCGCGUCGCUCGUCGAUGGCCUCUCAGAUACCGAGUCCACGCCAAGCAUCGAACGGUACGCGAAGCUUUUCCUUGCCGACCCUCGGAACGCCGCAAUCGUCGCCGCCGCCGCGCGCGACGCACGAUUACUGGGACGGGUGCGGGACUUGAUCGACACGUACUCCGAGGAUGGCAUCGAAAACAAGCUCACCGAGGGGCUGCUCUACACGACCGACCUCCGGCGCGACCUUGUAGCCCUUACCUCGCAGGGCUCCUCCUACGUCGAAAGCAGACUCGGCCCCGUCUUCGACACCGCCGACCUCCACGCCGAGAUUGCCGAGAUUGACGCCGACCGGACCGUAUCACUGGUACACCAGAUGCUUCGCGCCUACCUGCUGUUAGCGCGUGACGAGGACUACAUCGUGGCGGACGGACGGGUCGUACUGAUCGACGAUCUGACGGGGCGUCGCAAGUCGGACAGCAAGUACCAAUACGGCUUGCAGGCUGCUCUCGAAGCCAAGGAAGGCGUACGCGUCCGUCCCGAUCCGCGAGCGCUCGCCUACCUGACGGUCGAGGGACUCGUCCGGCAGUACGACCAUGUGUCGGGAAUGACGGGGACGGCAUUGGAGGCCCGUGAGACGUUCCGCAGGUCGUAUGGCCUCGACGUCGCCCACAACAGGCUGGACGCCGUGAGGAACGGCGAUGAGGCCCGGAUCGUCCAAGAAGCCGGUUCGUUCGGCGCGGUGACCGUCGCCACCAAUAUGGCCGGCCGCGGCACCGAUAUCCUGCUGGGUGACGACCUCGACGAACGAGUGACCGGUCGGUUCAUCCGAAUGCUCAGCGAACGCCUUUCGACCGACUACACCGCGGUGAGCCGCAGGCUGUCGAGUAACGACGUGGAGGACUCGCAGAGCCUCGUCAAGCAGGUGCAGUCGUCCAUCGAGCAGGACGCCGAGGCGGUCCGCAUCGUCUCGUACGACCUCGCCCGCAUCAUCGAGAGGCAGACGCUGAACUACUACAAGGCGCGCAACGCCGUGCUCGACGACGAGGCGUUCGGCGAGACAUGCCAUGAAAUGGCGCGUGAUGUCGUCCGCCGACUUGUCGAAGGCCUGCUUCCAGCCACCGCAAUGGGAGACUACCAGGGUCGAUUCGACGACCUGUUGGAGUCCGUUCGUAUCGACUUCAGCCUCGACAUCGAGGACCUUCGCGGUCUGGGAGCCGAGUCGUUGCACGAAGAGAUAUCAGGGGCCGUAAUCACACGAUUUGGUAAUGCGGCAACAACGCUGGGUACAAGAAAAUACAACCGGCUGGCGAAGACGAUGGCCCUGCAGGCAAGCGACGGGCUUUGGGCGCACCAUCUCGACCUCGUGCAAGACUGA